UGCUGGAAUGCAAGCAGCGUCGCCUCAACAGCAGCAGCAGCAGCAGGUCUACCCCCAGCCAGUGUUGACGCAGCAUCAACUACCACCGCAGCAGGUUCAGAUUCCAAUGCAGGACGGCUAUGGAGCUGCAGUCGCGGGGAGCAUCCAUUCAAUGCUGCUUGCUCACGGCCUCAACCACAGUGCGGUCUCCUUGUCUGGUCAGAAGCGAGAUAGUUCUGGUGCUCCUGUGCACGGCGGCCGCGAUACGACCGAUGGUUCUUUUGUGAAACUUUUUGUUGGGUCUGUGCCCCGAACAAUUACGGAAGAUGAGGUGCGACCAAUGUUUGCUGAGCACGGAAACGUACUUGAAGUUGCCAUAAUCAAGGACAAAAGAACAGGAAAUCAACAAGGUGCUUCUUGUGUCGUCACUUCAUGCUUAUGGUUAUAUACAUGUUUGCAGUUCAAAGUUUUUAAAACUAUCGUCGCGUAUCUCACUACCGGUGCACACAUGGUAAGGAUGUGCACCACAUUUCUUCGCCUCACUCAUCGUCACCUUUGCGGUUUUAUUUUAGAUGUUGUUAGACUUCGACAAGUGGGAGUGAUUGAGAGAAGAGUCAUUGAUGGUAUUAGUUGUAGGGAUCGAGGAAGUAAGGUUAGAACCAACGUGGUUCGAAUUCUGUGCAAGAUCCAUCGUACUUCAGGUUCUUUAACUGAGGAAAACUUUAUUCUUCAUAAUAUUGGUUCAAUCAUUAUCAAUGAAAUUCCGUUUGUCUCAAGUCAUUCUCACAUGAAUGUAGAGGUUUGUAUGACUUGCUGUGGCUGGUUAAAUAAUGGUUUGAAGAAUUGUUCUGUAGAUUUCUGUUUUGUUGCUGGUUUUUUCUGAAAACCUUUUUUGUUUGGUAGCUGCUGUGUAUACACAUGUGUUGGUAUUAUCGUCAGUGAACCUUAUCAGUAGUGCUGUGGUUAUGAAAUGCCAACCUUUGAACAUAGUUCCUUGUAGGAUUGUUGCUUAUGAUUAGCGUGAAUAGCCUGCAUGUGAUGGUUGGUGGAAUAUCCUGAAUGUGCUGUGAUGGUUAUGGAGCGCAAUGAUUUUAGCGGUGCUACUAACCAGUCAUUCUUAUUGAGGGUUUUAUUCUACCCCAAAAAAAUUGUCCACAGAUGACUGCUACGUGAGGCCCUUGCGGCGAUUGCCUCUGCCUAGACUUUAGCUUUUCAUUCGGUAGAGGAUUCACUACACACGAACAAGACAUCAUGUGCAGAAUGUUUCUGAGCAGACAUGGCCUUGGUUCAGAUUUAUGAAAGGUGCCAGGUGGCGCGCCUCAUCAUACAGGCUCAGCCAGAAAAGCUUCCGAUGUUGCUUCGUUAAGUAUUCUACUGUUGAGGAGGCGGAGAGAGCAAUCAGGGCUCUCCAUAAUCAGAAAACGUUGCCUGGGGGGGUUUCACCAGUACAAGUGCGUUAUGCUGAUGGAGAGCGUGAACGACUUGGGGCUGUUGAACAUAAACUGUUUGUUGGUUCACUCAACAAGCAAGCCUCCGAGAAGGAAAUAGAAGAGCUUUUUAUUCCCUAUGGCCGAGUUGAUGAUGUCUACAUCAUGAGGGAUGAGCAGAAGCAGAGCCGAGGCUGUGCUUUUAUUAAAUAUUCUCAAAGGGAUCAUGCCCAAGCAGCAAUCAAUGCUCUGAAUGGAGUUCACAUAAUGCAAGGUUGCGACCAGCCAUUGGCUGUUCGCUUUGCUGAUCCCAAGCGACCGAAGGGUGGGGAUGCGAGAGUUGGCGGUCCAGGUUUUGGUGGCCCAAGUUUUAGUCCUCGCCAAGGAUCGCAAGGUCAACAAGUGCAAGGAGGUUUACGGCCUAUGCAUUCACAAAUGGGUCUUUCAGCUGGUCGGGUCCCACAAUUGAGUUGGAGACCUCAAGGAGUAGUCGGUUAUGGUCAUCUCCAAGUAGUUCCUAGUCCAUAUGGGCCUAGAGGAGGACCUGUUACUGGUGUGCCGCAGAUGGUAAGUCAAGGAGGCUACCAACAGGCACCUCAACAAAGGCCUCAGCAACAGUACGUCCUUCAGCCUUCACAGCAACAACAGCAACCGAUACAACAGAUUCAGCAGCAAUCUCAGGCUUACAUGCCGCAACAGGGUCCUCCACGGCCAAUAAUUCAAUUACAGCCAGGAGGCCAGCAGCAGUCGCAACAACCACAAAUGUUGAUGCAGUUGCAAUCGCAACCUGCUCAGCUGCAACGACAGCAGCAGCAGCUAUCUGAGCAGGUUGCACUCCAGCCAGUGGGUCAGCUACAAGCUUUGCAACCUGGGCAGCAGCACACCCAGCAGCAAUUACAGCCGCAGCAGGUGUACCAUCAAGUGCCUCAACCUCAACAGCUUCAGCAGCCUGCCUAUUAUCUUCCUGUUCAGCAUUCUCAAGCUCAUGCUCCUGUGGCUGCUCCUCAACCUCCAGCCCCGCAACUCACAUGUGAUUGGUCGGAGCACACUUCUCCUGAAGGCUACAAGUAUUAUUAUAACAGCACAACUAGAGAGAGCAAGUGGGAGAAACCGGAGGAGCUGAAGGCUUUUGAACAGCAACAGCAGCUGACACAAGUAACAUUACCAGCAGCCACCAGCACUUCUGGAAUGGGCUACAUGCAUUCACAACCUGUCACCAAUGGCUCUGCAGAACUGCCUAGGCAGCAGGAAAUAUCAUCAAUGUCAAACUGGGGGUGGAGAGGAAAAGUAGCCGGAACAGGGGACUCGGGUCCGUAAGCUUUCACAGUGCCAGAUUCUUCCGGGGCUGAACAACGCUGCUGUUGGAGGUCGUAGGCUCAAGGUUGAAUGGAAGCGAGGUGAAGUGAAUGUAAUCAGGGGUACCAGCAACAACAAUUUUGAGAAUUAGUGAUUUUAGAUUGGCACUCAGAUUUUUCUCUCAUAUUUGUAAUGAAAUUGGAGCAAAAUUUAUACCCAAGACAUCGCAAUACCAUUAUUGUAGACAUCCUAUUUCGUGUAUCAUUUUUUAUUUUUAUUUUUAUUUUUUUAGUGGGAA